AUGAUGAUACAAGCUAACAAAUUAUUUUUCUUUAUUAAAUUCUGCUCAUUUUCCCUUUUAAUACGGACAUAUCAGAAUUCAUAUAAGACAAAUAUAUAUGGAAUAACAUAUAUUAAGAAAAUUGAUCUAAAUAAUUCAUUAUAUGUAAGAGUAGACAGAUUAUUACAUGGAGAAAAAUGUUUACAUCCCCCCAAUGGAAGAAUACCUUUAAAAAAAAUGUCUUCAAAAAACUUUAAAGUCUCAUCUGAUACAUCAAAUAAUAAUAACUAUGAAGGACGGCAUAGAAAACUAAAAAAAAAAUCGUCAAAAAAGGAAAAAAACGUGUCAGCAUCCAUUAUUAAACCUAAAAAAGGAUUAGAUGAUACAUAUAGUAUUAAAAUGGUAAAAGCAUUUGAUAAUGAAUACAAAGAAGUAAAUAACCUUAUGUGUAAAUUUGCACAAAAAUUUCCAAGGCAUAUUCAUGUUAUUAUUGUAUUUAUAUGUUUCAGUAUUGUUGCAUUGGUGGUAGUAAUGUUAAUAAGUAAGGGGGAUAUAAAAGACCUUCAUGCCACAUUAUCCUUUCCAAUAUUUUUUUCAAUAUUUAUUUUAACACUAUUAUUUACUUCCUAUAAAUUAUUGAAAAAUAUGUACAAGGGUAAUAAUAAGUAA